AACUCAGCAACACAUUUAAUAGGGUGACCAUAUAAGCUAUUGGAUUUCAAAAAAGGACGGGAGGACUGGCGUUAUGAAAAUAAUAGCCUACUAGGCUAUUUGUUUACGGUCUACGGCAUGAGCCAAAUCUAUGAGCGGACAAUUUAGAAAUCCCACUGGUCGGAUAUUCUCGGGCCCAAAAUAAGAAAUGUCCGAGAAAAGAGAACGUCAUAGUCAGUCUAAAUUAACAUUUACCUACGCUAAUGUUUUGUAAAAGUAUGACACACAGCCUACAUUUAACUGAUUUAGGCAAAGCAUCGUUCAUUCUGGUUGGACUAUUGCAAUAACAGAAAUGACUAGAGCAAAUGUAAAAUUAGCCUACAGUACCACUGCCAUUAAACCAAGUGAGCGAGAGCGCAAGCGAAAACCAGCCCAACGCGUCGUGAAAGAUAGUCCCAAAUGCUUUAUUUUGAAUUGAUUGAGUACGAGUUUAUCAACAAAUUGAUUUCAGCGCAACUAGCCCCCCCUGAUACAAUGUAGCCUAUCGAGCAGCGUGCAGGCUAAACUUUAAUUUGUGUGGUUUCAUGAAGAAAAGACGCACUCCGUUUUAACAACAAAUCGGUUUAUAUUUUUAAGAAAUUCAAAGCACCGUUUUUAGGGUCCGCACUUAAAAUCGUUCAUUUAUUCCAAAUUGUGUGAUACCUCACAUUGUCAUAAUCGUUUUACAAUUCUAGAAGCAUUUUUUUGCCGCGGUUUGUGACAUGUAGGCUCCUUCCGCCUUGAUGACAUCACAUGUUGUAGCGAGCAGGACAGUUUUUCUACUGAAGUUACCGCGGCUGCUCCUUCCUGAUGGAAAUGGCGACCAUCAUGGAUACAGUAUUAUUUUUAAGAGCCGUAUCAAAAGUGCUGUCGUUAUUAUUAAUUUUUCAAAUUAUACGGCCGUUACAUGCAGUAUCAGAGCCGGGCAAAUGGAUCUUAAACGUGAACAGCAAUACCCUAAAGAAGCAGAACCAUUUUCUUUUCACAAAGACAAUGUUCAACGAAUCCAUAAUCAACCUGAAAUGGAUGAGUGAAAACUGUUCUCAUCCAGUAAAUCUCAGUAUAUCCUGGUACCUGAGAAGUUCACACUGCUACGAUGAGGUUUUCGGUCUCGAUCAUCAAAAAGCAAAAGACUACUUCAUGUCCACGGAAGUGAUUCGUGAAGGGGGCACUGGCUUUUAUACCUAUCACAAUUAUAACCCUAUUGAGUGUCGACAGAAUUUGAAUGGUAAUGAGUUUGCUGUCACCUUCUUUGAUCCACAAAUGAAACUCACUGACCCAGGUGAAAAGCUGACUUCCACUGACAACCAAGGAAGGAGAAAGAGGGACACAGACACAACAAAGGCUAUAGCUAAUGCUGCUGAAACUAAUCCUGGAAAGGCAGAGGGGGCAGCUAGCCACGAAAAAGUCAAAACUUCAAGCAAUGCAAUGAUGCAUUAUGCCGUCGCUCAGACCUGGGAGGAUGGGCCCUACAUGUUCAUCAUCCACAUUAAAGAGACCAGUCCUGUCACAGUGGAGCCAACACAGAGCUGGGACAUCCAUUUGGAGGUCAGCAUGACUGGGCCCCAUGAGUACAUCUCGGCCACAGAGUGGCCCCUCAUGAUUUUCUACAUGGUGAUGUGCAUCAUCUACGUGGUGCUGGGCCUGCUGUGGCUGGGGCUGUCGGCCUGCUACUGGAGGGACCUGCUACGCAUUCAGUUCUGGAUCGGAGGGGUGAUCUUCCUGGGCAUGCUGGAGAAGGCGGUCUACUACGCGGAGUUUCAGAGCAUCCGCUACGACGGCCUUUCAGUCCAGGGGGCGGUAAUGUUUGCAGAGAUCCUGUCCGCUGUGAAGAGAACUCUGGCACGUGUCCUUGUCAUCAUAGCCAGCUUAGGCUAUGGAAUUGUCAAGCCAAGACUGGGGGCACUGUUGCAUCGAGUAGUGGGGGUCGGGCUGCUCUACCUCAUCUUCUCCAUUGUGGAAGGCAUCCUACGUGUUAACUCGGCUGAGGAUGAUCUGGUCCUGCUGGCUGCCAUUCCCUUGGCUGUGCUCGACUCUACCCUCUGCUGGUGGAUCUUCAUCAGCCUGGCCCAGACGAUGAAACUCCUACGCUUGAGAAGAAACGUGGUCAAGCUCUCGCUCUACCGCCACUUCACCAACACCUUGAUAUUCGCAGUCAUCGCUUCUGUCAUUUUCAUCAUCUGGACAACAAAGACAUUCAAGUUUUCCAAGUGCCAGUCUGACUGGAGGGAACUGUGGAUUGAUGAUGCCUUCUGGCGGUUUCUCUUCUCCACCAUCCUGCUCGUCAUCAUGUUCUUGUGGAGGCCAUCGGCCAACAAUCAGAGAUAUGCCUUCAGCCCACUGGUGGAUGAGGUGAGUGACGAGGAGAAGGAGCAACUAAUGAAUGAAGCCUUCGAGGGUGUUAAGAUGAGAGGCCUGAAGUCAGAAACAAAUGGAACAGCAAAGCCCAACAAAGUGGACGAGGACUUGAAGUGGGUGGAGGAGAACAUCCCAUCGUCUAUGGCAGAUGUUGCCCUACCCCCCUUACUGGAUUCUGAUGAGGAGACCAUGACCACCAAAUUUGAGAUGUCAAAAAUGGAGUAAAUAAGAUGUAUUUAUUGUAAAUAAUUUCUGUGUUUUUGAAGGUUAACGUCUAUGUUAAGGGAUGCUUUUAACGAUUAUAGGCUUUGUGAGCAAUAUUUGUAAAUAUGGGUCGGUGGGAAGAAAGGUGAUGACAAAUCAGAUGUUUUUCUUUUAUUUUUAUUGCCUGUUUGUAUUUAUAUUUCCCUUGGAUAUAUAAAUGAUAGCCGUACCAUGCCUUUGACUGUACAUCUGAGGUUCAGACAGCAAUUAAAUUCCACACUUGUCUGAAAUGA